AUGCGCAUAAUUCUCUCCCGCCGCCAGGCCUUUAGUCUGUUUUUUCGAUCCUACCCAAAUCGAGGCUAUAGUCGCGUCCACCAAUUCACAGUUUCCAAGCCCAACGUCCCUAUCAGACAGUACUCCAUCUCAACAGCAUCUCAAUCUCCUGCACGGGUAUCAGGGUUAGAAUCAACGUCUUCUAUUGAACGAAAUGCCUCAGACAUCGACGUCGAAUAUGACUGGAUACCAGACGUUGAGGCCCCAGAGUUCUAUGAGCCUGGCGGAUAUCACCCGGUCUCAAUCGGUGAUACAUUUCAAGAUCGGUACCGUAUCGUAAACAAACUCGGCCACGGCGGCUACUCGACCGUGUGGCUCGCAAGGGAUAUCAUCACCAAAAGCUACGUCGCCCUUAAAAUCGGCAUCUCUGGUUCAUCCUCAAUCUCUCACGAGAUCCGCGUUCUCAACGCUCUUUUAGCACCGUCAUCCUCGCCUGAUCAUCCUCAUCCUGGCCGAGACCUCCAUAGUGGCAAUAUUCUGUCUAGGUUUCCAGAAAAAUUUAACAAGCUUUCAACCGAUCAACUUCUCAACGAAUAUGGCGAGGCAGUCACGGUACCUGUUACUCGAAGCGAUGGAAAACCGCUUCCCCCCAAUGUUCCGAAAUAUGCUGUCCAAUCGGUCGAUAUGGGGCUAUCUGCCAAGGACUACCAGUUAACUGAUGCCCUCAUCUUUUUGAGCGAUUUUGGGGAGACAUUCUCCCCUUCAGAAGCUAGCCGACUUGGAAAGGACUGCCAUACACCACUUCCCAUGCGACCACCCGAGGCCCACCUUGACCCUGAGGCCCCCCUCUCCUACUCAGCAGAUAUUUGGACCUUGGCGUCGACUCUCUAUGGCCUUGUCGGUGCUAUGCCGCUCUGGAGCCAGGGCUCGGGUACCCCUGAUACCUGGAUAGCCGAACACAUCGAUAUCCUUGGGCCGCUGCCUAGUCCAUGGAGAGAGAAAUGCGCUACACAAGAGGAUAUAUUUUUUGAUGAGGCUGGUAACCGAAGGGAACCGGGCCUGAGGUUGUGGACGUCUCUUGACGCAGCGUUUCAGGUGGGCACUCAGGAUUACCGGAAGAAAUGGAAUAAAGAGACACUCGACGAAGAGGAAGAAAAGGCUUUCCUAGACUUAAUACGGUCCAUGUUGCGGUUCCGGCCGGAGGAGAGGAUCUCUGCUGAUGAUAUCCUGGUCUCGGAUUGGGUCGUUAAGUGGGGGAUGCCAGGUUAUGAGCGGGCUCUGGAGGCGGCGCGAGAGGUGGAAGAGAAACCGUGA